GUGAGGCGCGGGGGAGGCGUUGGGGAAGCCGCCCGCCCUCCUUGGCUGCCCGUCCAGGAAGGAAGGAAAGAAAGAGAAAAGAGAGCAGAAACAGACGGAGGGAAACUGUCCCCGCGGAUCGCAGCACCCCCUCCCCAGCCCCCGUCCCCCGAUGGCGCCAGACGACGGGACCGAAUGGCUUCUGCAGCUGCUGAGCGAAAUCCAACUGGAGCAGUUUUACCUCAGGAUCCGAGACGAGCUUCACGUCACCCGCCCGAGCCAUUUCGACUACGUCAAGCCCGUCGACCUGGACCGCAUCGGCCUGGGGCGCCCAGGUCAGCGGCGGCUCGAAGAGGCCUUGAAACGCCGGAGGGGUCAAAGUCAGCGCCCCAAGUCCUGGGUUUAUAAGAUGUUCACAGGGGUGCGAAGCCCCGAAAAUGAGGAGACCCCCAACGCCCAGCCUCCGGUCCCUCCCCGGCUGGAGACGGACGCCUCCCUCAAAUGCUUGAUCAGCGAGUGGGAUCUUCGCGUCAGCGAGCGCCUGGGCGACGGAUGCUUCGGGGUGGUGCACCGGGCUGAGUGGCAUGCGCCCGGCGGCACCUUGAUCCCGGUGGCCGUGAAGACGUUGCGUUCAGAUGUCUCCUCCGACCCGGGGGCCCUGAUUGACUUCCUCAAUGAGGUCAACGCCAUGUGCUACCUGGAUCACCCCCAUCUCCUCCGCCUCCAUGGCGUGGUGCUCACCCAGCCCCUCAAGAUGGUGACGGAGUUGGCCACGCUGGGCUCGCUCUACGACCGUCUCCAGCAGCCCUUCCCUCUGCACCAGCUCUGGAGCUAUGCCAUGCAAGUGGCGGGUGCCAUGGCUUACCUGGAGUCCAAGCUCUUCGUCCACCGGGAUCUGGCCACCCGCAACAUCCUGCUGGUGUCCGAGGACCACGCCAAGAUCGGCGAUUUCGGCCUGAUGCGCCCGCUGUCCAGCAGGAGCGACCGCUACGUCAUGUCCGCCCACCGGCGCAUCCCUUUUGCCUGGUGCGCCCCCGAGAGUCUGCGCCAGGGCAUCUUCACCAGCGCCUCGGACGUCUGGAUGUUUGGGGUGACACUCUGGGAGAUGUUCUCCUACUGUGAGGAGCCGUGGGUGGGCUUGACGGGCAGGCAGAUCAUGAUCAAAAUCGACCGAGAAGGAGGCCGCUUAGAACGAACGGAGGACUGUCCCAGGGGCAUCUACGCCCUGGCACUGAAAUGCUGGGCUCACAACCCGGAAGAGAGGCCCAAAUUCCGGGAAAUCAUCCACUUGUUGUCGGAGCUCCGUCCCAAAGAGACAAUGGCCACUCGUGCGUUUGGGGAGCCCGGCUGGCUGAGGCUGGAAGCCAACGACCCGAUCACUAUUAUCGAAGGCAGGUGAGUGAGGAUGCCGGGACCCUCUUUGAGGGGUAGGGGAAAGGGGUCUGCUCUCCUCUCCCUCAGCCCCCCCCCUCCCCAAUCGCACAGCCUUCCUGCCCCUUCAUUAUCGCCAUCCUGCUUUUCAAGUUUCUAAUUCCAAUCCCCUCCCCCCGGUUCUUUGAUUUUGAUCUCUUCUCGCCUCUGUUCCUGGUCGUUUUGGAGGGUGGGGAUCAGUGAGGUCAU